AGCUGCGAGCCCAAACUACAUCCGCACACAAGGUGCACGCUUGCGUCGCGCGGAGGUUGGAAGAUGGUCGUCAAGUGGUCCGUUUGAUAGCCCCCAAUUGGACGUUUACGCCGCAGGCGCCAGGUGAGAACGCGGAGUUGACGGCACCGUUUUUGGGAACGACAGCAACGAUGUGGGAGCAGGAGGAAUUCGCCAAACACUGGCGGAAUGAAUUCCCCGACGGCGAAGUCCCGCAAAUGAACUUGAAUUCGAUGGAGGACAUCGAGUCGCAGCUGGAGGCUUCCAAAGUCAACCUGAAGCGGCUGCAAAAGACUCUGAACGAGGAGAAAUUCAAGGUGAUCUACCUGCAGACCACCGUGGCGCGACAGCGGAAGAACGCGGCGGAGCCUCGUCGCGGCAAACACGCCGACACGUUCGCGAGUCCCGGCAGUGGCGACUGGAGGUCGUCUCGGCGACAGGGCGACGUGCGCGAGCCGGCGGGCGGGACGCCCCGGCCGGCGAGCGCGGCGACCUCCUUCAGCCGCGAGCGGAGCAGGUUCAGCGGCAAGACGGGCAAGCCCGUCCCCGUCCCCGUCCCGCCACGGAAGCCCAGCCAGCCGGGACCGAACCCCACUCAGACGACCAAUAACGCCGACAGCAGCGACCGCGAGUAUGAGGAUUUGCAGCUCAACGAGAAUUUCGUCAGGAAUAACCUGUUGCUACCGAAGGCUGCGAGCGGCGACAAGCAGAGGACACCCGGCGGCCAUCACCCGGACACCCGGCGGCCGUUCCGCCCGAGUAAAGACUUGGACUCCGGGGACGACGGCCGCGUGUCUCCGCCCUUCCUGCAUGUCGGACGCGGUUCCGGCUGGAGCACGCCUGACGGGAGGAGCGACGGCGACCUCAGCUCCGAGCACGAAGACUCCUCGUCCGCAGACUUUAACUACAACACAGAUGGCUACGAGGGGGACGGCGCAGAGGAUGGCAAGUCUCAAGAUGGCUCGGAGACACUGCCCUAUAUAGAUGAAUCCCCCACCGUGUCUCCCCAGCUGUGCACACCCCGAGGACCAGACGGAGAAAUGGUCUCCCCCACUCCACCAGAGAGCCUUCUGCAAGGGGGAGGCAUUGAGAAAGGACUCGAGAUGAAGAAACUGGUGCUCUCUGGUUUCUUGGCCAGUGAGGAGAUCUACAUUAACCAACUGGAGGCCCUGCUACUGCCCAUGCGUCCCCUGAAAGCCACCGCCACCACCUCGCAGCCCGCCCUUACCGUCAAGCAGGUCGAGACCAUCUUCUACAAAAUCCAAGACAUCUUCGAGAUCCACAAGGAAUUCUACGAUGCCCUCUUACCCAACAUCCGGCAUUGGGAUGAGAAGGUGACUGUGGGCCAUCUGUUCCAGAAACUGGCCAGCCAGCUGGGCGUGUACAAGGCCUUUGUGGACAACUACAAGGUGGCGCUGGAGACGGCCGAAAAAUGCAGCCAGGCCAACAGCCAGUUCCAGGAGAUAUCGGAGAACCUCAAAGUGAAAGGUCCCAAAGACUCAAAAGACUGUACCUCAACAGUCACAAUGGAAGCUCUUCUUUAUAAACCCAUCGACCGUGUGACAAGAAGCACCCUAGUUCUUCACGAUUUGCUGAAACACACGCCAAAGGACCAUCCAGACUUCCCUCUCCUGCAGGACGCGCUGCGGAUAUCUCAGAAUUUCCUCUCCUCCAUCAACGAGGAGAUUGACCCUCGCAGAACUGCUGUCACUACGCCCAAAGGAGAGGCUCGUCAGCUGGUGAAGGACGGCUUCCUCGCGGAGGUGUCGGAAAGCUCCAGGAAGCUGCGGCACGUCUUCCUCUUCACCGACUUGCUGCUGUGUGCCAAAAUGAAAAAGACCUCGGCGGGUCGUCACCAGCAGUAUGAGUGCAAGUGGUACAUCCCUCUUGCAGGCUUGACUUUCCAGACACUGGAGGAGUCUGACUCUUGCCACAGCAUCCAAGUCCUCCCUGAGCACGAGAUUGAAGAGAUGAAGAUUAAGAUCUCACUCUUAAAGAGUGAGAUACAGAAGGAGAAGAAAGCACCAAAGGGUCAGAACCGUGUGGAGCGCCUGAGGAAGAAGAUGAAUGAACAGGAAUCUUGGCUGCUGCUCCACUCCCCCACGAUUCCUUUCCGCCUUCAUAACAAACAUGGCAAGAGCUACCUGUUCCUACUCUCCUCUGAUUAUGAGCGGUCAGAAUGGCGGGAGAGCAUACAGAAGCUCCAGAAGAAAGACCUUCAAGCAUGCGUGCUAAGCUCGGUAGAGUUGCAGGUCCUUACUAGCUCCUGUUUCAAACUCCGAACUGUCCACAACAUUCCUGUCACCAGUAAUAAAGAUGAUGAAGAGACUCCAGGCCUGUACGGCUUCCUUCAUGUGAUUGUCCACUCUGCCAAAGGAUUCGAGGAGUCAGCCAAUCUGUACUGUACUCUUGAAGUGGACUCUUAUGGAUACUUUGUGAGCAAGGCUAAGACCAGAGUCUUCAGAGACACUACAGAGCCUCAAUGGAAUGAAGAGUUUGAGAUCGAGUUGGAGGGAUCCCAGUUCUUGCGAAUCCUGUGCUAUGAGAAGUGUUAUGAUAAGAGCAUGCUCAACAAGGAUGACAAUGAGAUUGUGGACAAGAUCAUGGGCAAAGGGCAGGUUCAGCUGGAUCCUCAGACAGUGCAGUCCAAGAACUGGCACAUGGACGUCAUCGAGAUGAACGGGAUCAAGGUGGAAUUCUCCAUGAAGUUUACAAGUCGGGACCUGAGCUUGAAGAGGACGCCAUCCAAAAAACAGAGCGGUGUGUUUGGAGUCAAAAUCAACGUGGUAACAAAGCGCGAGCGCUCCAAGGUGCCUUACAUCGUCCGCCAGUGCAUUGAGGAAGUGGAGAAGAGGGGAAUCGACGAGGUGGGAAUUUACAGGAUCUCCGGGGUGGCCACUGACAUCCAGGCCCUCAAAACGGCAUUUGACACCAAUACCAAAGACAUCCUGGUGAUGUUGAGUGACAUGGACAUCAACGCCAUCGCGGGAACCCUCAAGCUGUACUUCAGGGAGCUGCCGGAACCUCUGCUCACCGACCGCCUGUACCCGGCCUUCAUGGAGGGAAUAUCUCUGUCCGACCCCGCGGCCAAGGAGAACUGCAUGAUGCACCUCCUACGCUCGCUGCCCGACCCCAACCUCAUGACCUUCCUCACUCUGCUGGAGCACCUCAAACGGGUGGCGGAGAAGGAGCCCCUCAACAAGAUGUCCCUCCAUAACCUGGCAACAGUAUUUGGCCCCACUCUGCUCAGACCUUCAGAGUCCGAGAGCACCAAGGGGCUGAAUAUCACCUCCGCCUCUGACAUCUGGUCGCACGACGUCAUGGCGCAGGUGCAGGUGCUGCUCUACUACCUGCAGCAUCCUCCCAUCUCCUUCGCUGAGCUCAAGCGGAACACGCUCUACUUCUCCACCGACGUUUAAGGCCGUCUCGACACCCGGAGACCAGCGAGCGAGAGACUGCGUACGAUCCCCGGUCCUCCGACUUCGCCUCUCCUGCAAGCGGCCAUCUCCCCUUGACUGUGCAGCAACCCCCCCCCCCCCCCCCAACACACGCACACUCCACACCCUUACCCCGAGCACCCGCUGCAUUAUUUUUUUGGGUCGUCUCCAUAUAAAGUCAUGUUUGUAAUAUGAGGAGAGCGGAGCCGCCUCUGCACCAACCAGACGCGAAAGCGUUCGGGGACCGCACCGGUUCCGUUCUCAGGAGAGGAGGGCUUUUCGGAGGCCACAGCCUGGCGCCGUGGCACGGGAUCGAGCCGGGGACGCGCCGUCGAGCUUUGUCCCCUGCUUCGAGGCGUUCCACAACAACUGCAUUUAUGUUUUAUACUAAUUCCGGUGUUUCCCUUUUCAGUCUUUCUGGCUUUGAGCUUGAGGAGAAGGUGUUUGUCUGCGUUUAUGUGCGGGACUGAAAGAGAUUGAACGACAGGCUCUUUUUCUGAAACAGACAUUCCCUCCCCACUGGUUCUUGGCCGGAUUAGCCCUAUUUAUUUGAAAUAUCUAUAUAUAUCUGCGCCUGUACAGUUCUGUGCAACGAGAGAGAUCAUCUAAGGAGUCUGUUUUUUUGAAGUCUAUUCAGGUAGUGAUGUUAUUUUUUUAGUCAAACGUUUCUCAUUCACCAUAUUUGUGGUUCGUAAAUUGUCCAAAAAUGAUCACCGCGGAAGUUGUCAAUUUGUUCGCCACCGCUUUGUAGAGGAGAACGGACACUUGAAAACAAAAUGAGUGAAACGUGUUGCUUCUUGUGUUUGAGGCGCAAGCCUGUUCCAAGCAUCUCACUGCGCCGCUAUAAUCUCGAGGACGAUUUGUGCAGUUGCCCUCAAUGCAUGUAACUCAAAGAGAGGUUGUGCGCAAAGGCCCCUUUGUGCUCUGUACAAAGCCAACCUUUCUGCUAUCAGGUCUGCCAUAUAACCAGAAAACAAAAUACUGCAAAAACUGAAAGUGACACUGUUUGGUAUUUUUCAUAUAAGGCAAAAAUAAAAAAAUGUUGUAUUUUACUUUUGCAAAGAAUUUAAGUAUGCUGUACUGUAAUUUUGAGGCUAAAUAUAAAUGUGAACGUCCUCCCCUUUUCUUUUUUUUUUUCUAGUCAAAUAAAAGACAACCCAACUCA